CUGAGCUGCGGCACGGGCCGGGCGGCACCAUGGCGGCGGCGGUGGCUGCUGCUGCUGCUGCUGCUGCUGCUGCGGUUUCUUCUGAGACGCUGGCGGCGACUGCCACGGCAGAGCCCGAGGCCAGAGACGAGGACAGUCGCGACGUCCGAGUACUCCAGAGCCUGCGGGGCAAAAUCUGUGAAGCAAAAAAUUUGUUGCCAUACCUUGGACCCAACAAAAUGAGAGAUUGUUUCUGCACUAUAAAUUUGGAUCAGGAAGAAGUUUAUCGUACCCAAGUUGUAGAAAAAUCUUUGAGCCCAUUUUUCAGUGAAGAAUUUUAUUUUGAGAUUCCAAGAACUUUCCAGUAUUUGUCUUUCUAUGUUUAUGAUAAGAAUGUUUUACAAAGAGAUCUUCGUAUAGGAAAAGUAGCCAUCAAAAAAGAAGACUUGUGUAGUCACAGUGGUAAAGAAAUGUGGUUUUCACUACAGCCUAUUGACUCCAAUUCAGAAGUUCAGGGUAAAGUUCACCUUGAAUUAAAACUGAAUGAGCUGAUAACAGACAUUGGAACUGUGUGCCAGCAGCUUGUCGUACACAUCAUGGCGUGCCAUGGGUUGCCUCUCAUAAAUGGACAAAGCUGUGACCCUUAUGCAACGGUUUCUCUGGUGGGCCCUUCUAGGAAUGACCAAAAGAAGACAAAAGUAAAGAAGAAAACAAGCAAUCCACAGUUUAAUGAAAUCUUUUAUUUUGAGGUAACCAGACCCAGCAGUUACACGAGGAAGUCCGAGUUUCAGGUACAAGAGGAAGACAUUGAGAAGCUAGAAAUUAGGAUUGACUUGUGGAACAAUGGAAAUCUGGUCCAAGAUAUUUUCCUAGGUGAAAUUAAGGUUCCUGUGAAUGUAUUAAGAAAUGAUUCUUCUCAUCAAGCAUGGUACUUACUGCAACCAAAAGACAAUGGAAAUAAAUCUUCCAAAACUGAUGACCUGGGGUCUCUUCGGUUAAAUAUAUAUUACACAGAAGACUGUGUGCUUCCUUCGGAGUAUUAUGGCCCUUUGAAAACUUUGCUGCUAAAAUCACCAGAUGUCCAGCCCAUAUCUGCCUCAGCUGCUUAUAUUUUGGGUGAAAUAUGUCGAGAUAAAAAUGAUGCUGUUUUGCCCCUUGUACGACUGCUGCUGCACCAUGAUAAACUGGUUCCUUUUGCCACUGCAGUGGCUGAAUUAGACUUGAAGGAUACACAAGAGGCAAACACAAUUUUUAGAGGAAAUUCCUUGGCUACCCGAUGUCUGGAUGAGAUGAUGAAAAUUGUGGGAGGGCACUACCUGAAAGUAACAUUAAAACCUAUUCUAGAUGAGAUAUGUGAAACAUCAAAGUCCUGUGAAAUUGAUCCUAUUAAAUUGAAAGAAGGAGAUAAUGUUGAAACAAAUAAGGAGAAUCUGCGCUACUUUGUAGAUAAGCUAUUCAGUACAAUUGUAAAAUCCAGUAUGAGCUGCCCCACUGUAAUGUGUGAUGUCUUUUAUUCUUUAAGGCAAAUGGCUACUCAACGAUUUCCUAAUGACCCUCAUGUUCAGUAUUCUGCAGUGAGCAGCUUUGUAUUUCUUCGUUUCUUUGCUGUAGCCGUAGUAUCACCUCAUACUUUUCAUUUGCGACCUCAUCAUCCAGAUGCACAGACAAUCAGGACAUUAACUCUCAUCUCAAAAACAAUUCAAACUUUGGGAAGCUGGGGGAGUCUGUCCAAAAGCAAGUCAAGUUUCAAAGAGACAUUCAUGUGUGAGUUUUUCAAAAUGUUUCAAGAAGAAGGAUAUGUUAUAGCAGUUAAGAAGUUCCUGGAUGAAAUUUCAUCUACUGAAACUAAAGAGUCCAGUGGUGCAAGUGAACCCGUGCAUCUGAAAGAAGGUGAGAUGUAUAAAAGAGCUCAGGGAAGAACUCGGAUUGGAAAAAAGAAUUUCAAGAAACGGUGGUUUUGCUUAACCAGCAGAGAGCUCACCUACCACAAGCAGCCAGGUAGCAAAGAUGCAAUUUACACAAUCCCAGUCAAAAACAUUCUUGCUGUGGAAAAACUGGAAGAGAGCUCUUUCAACAAGAAAAAUAUGUUCCAAGUAAUACAUACGGAGAAACCCCUCUACGUCCAGGCAAAUAACUGUGUAGAGGCUAAUGAGUGGAUAGAUGUACUCUGCAGGGUGAGCCGAAGCAACCAAAACAGGCUCAGUGUUUAUCAUCCCUCUGUGUACCUGAAUGGAAGCUGGCUUUGCUGUCAGGAGACCAGUGAAAACACUCUUGGCUGCAAGCCUUGUACUGCAGGUGUCCCUGCGGACAUCGAAAUAGAUAUUGAUGAAGACAGAGAAACAGAAAGAAUUUAUUCCCUUUUUACCCUCAGUAUACUUAAGCUGCAGAAAAUGGAAGAGGCUUGUGGAACUAUAGCCGUCUAUCAAGGACCACAGAAAGAGCCUGAUGAUUAUUCUAACUUUGUAAUCGAGGAUUCUGUAACAACCUUUAAAACAAUUCAGCAAAUAAAAAGUGUCAUAGAGAAGCUGAGUGAACCUCAUGAAAAGUAUAGGAAGAAAAGAUCAAGUAGUGCAAAAUAUGGGAGCAAGGAAAAUCCAAUUGUUGGGAAAGCAUCUUAGAGUUUAACCAAUAGAUUCAGAAGAACUGGAAAAUACUAUUUUUGUUGGAAUUUUUAAUUCAUCACCUAUUUUGCCCAUAGUAUUUAAGAAUGAACAUUGGCUUUCGUGUCACCUGUGUUCACAUUGUAUUUAAUAUUUAAUAUUUGAAAUUAACUGAGAAUUCUGGUAUUAAUGUUUUCGGGUGAAUUUGAAACCCAAGAUUCCCUUCAUAACUUACGUGUCCAAAGCCAUGCAUCUGUAACUUCUUUCUAAUAGAAAGAAUCUUCCUAAAGAAGAUCUUCAAGAAGCUUUUUAACAAAGGGAGAACUCCUCCAUAGCAAGAAACAAUCUCUUCUUGUAACACUCCAUGUUCUGUGAACUUGUUUUCACUACCAUUAGUGCCUGUUCUAUACUGCCAAUAUUGUGUUUUAUUAGAAAAUUCCAAUCCAUGACAAUUCAGAGCUUCCCAUUUAGUUCUUCUAAGCCCUCCCCCU